ACCGAAACGAGAAGGCGGCGGCCAUGAGCGCCGGGGCCCGAGCGAGGGCAAAGGCGAGGGGGAGACGGAGCCGAGGCGCUGGCCGCUGAGGGGGACGGCGGGGCCAUGGCGGAGUUCCUGCCGGCGGCGCCCGGCGGGCCGUCCCUGCGGGAGGAGCCGCUUCCUUCCUCCUCCUCCUCCUUCGGGGCCGAGGCGGCGGCGGAGGAGGAGGCCGAGCUCUCCCUCAUCAGCCUGGCCCGGACCAAGACCCGCUGGUACGGCAGCACGGCCAGCGUGGCGGCUCCUUUGGCCGAGCGCUACGCGGAGCACCGCCUCAGCCCCGGCGACACCCUCCAGGGCCUCGCCCUCAAGUACGGAGUGACGAUGGAACAAAUAAAAAGGGCAAAUAAACUGUUCACAAAUGACUGUAUAUUUCUGAGGAAAACAUUGAACAUCCCCAUUAUAUCUGAUAAGCCGUUGAUGUUUAAUGGAUUUAAUGCACUGGAGUCUCCUGAAAAUGAAGUUGAUAGUCCCUCUUCUUGUGAAGGACAAGUGACAGUUCAAGAAGAUGAUUCUACACCCAGUCCUCCAGAGCCGGACAAUCAGAUUUUUCCACCUGAAGAAUUGUCUGCCAAAGAUUUUUUACAUAGACUGGAUUUGCAGAUUAAGUUAUCUAAACAAGCAGCAAAGAAACUAAAAGUUGAGGAUCACAGAGAGGACAGGGAGGAUGAUUCCUAUGCAACUUCAUCCUAUCAGCAGUAGAAGAGGUGCAGAGUUAAAGUGAAAGCAGUUCUUAAAGAACUAAAUGGUUGAAGAUUCAAAAGCAAAUCUUUUGCAUUGAUCUUAUUUUGUGUACUUGUUACAAGUCAUGUGUAGGUAAUUCUACUGACUAUAUUUGCACUGAAAUUAUGUGACCCUCAGCCUUUUGCAGGUUAGUGUUCUCUUACUACACAUUAAUAGCGGAAGACAGCCUUCCAAAAGUAGUAAUUGCCUUUGUAUUUCUGCUAUGAAAAUAUAGCACAGUAGCAACAGUAUAUCCCCGAGAUUGCUUUAAUGCAGAAUCUUUAAGAAAUGGCUGCAUAUACAUAUAUGAUGAAUUGUAAGAGGAACUAAAUAUUUAUGAUAAGUCAUUAUCAUGGCGCUUUGAGGCAGAAAAGUUUGUCAUGUGAAUUAUGCAAAUAUCAAACCUGGCUGCUAUGGCCCUGAGUUGGUGUGUGUGUGUGUGUGUACACAGAUAUAUGUUUUUAGAGAUCUAAAAAUAGGUAUAUAAAAACGUGUGUUUUUAAAAUGACCAGGUAUGUAGCCAACAAUUUCAAGAGAAGAAAUGUUCGAGUUUCAAAGUGUGUAUUGCAAUAUUUUGUUUGGAAACUUUUUUAAAAAAACAAGAAGAGUGCUUAGUAUAUUUUUUUUCAGAGUAAUGUUUGAAGCAUGGCUUCUUGUGUGUAAACAUACAUAGUUUUUAUGUUAUAAAUAAAAGAUGCACUUUAAGAAAGCAACUUAUCUUUGUUCAGCCUAUCUAUAUAGAAAGCACAAGAGUGUCUGAUCCUUUGCAAAUACAUUAAAAUGUGAUUUCUGUUUCACCUGGAUGUAUUAAAAAAUUGUAAGCAA